CUUCUCAACAUGUCAAGACCGCAGGGGCACGCUCGCUUGAAUACCGGCCCCAAGCCGCCCACGGCUUCCCCCGCUGUCGCCGCGACGCGCCGCAGCGCGGGCACGCUGCCCGGAAUAGCGCGGACCGCCUCGACGCUGCGGCAGAAGACGCCGGGUGGACCAGCGCCCCUCCCGGCCCAUCUCCGCAAUCUAUCGGCGCCACGCAUCCCCUCCCCGCUGGGACAGGGCACGCCGGCGCGGCAGGCGAAGCAGUCGCUUCCGGUGCGCACGUCCAAGACGAGCGAGAAGCACGUCCUGCUUCCCGAGGACCCGCAGCUUGCGCCGCUGCCCCGCUCCGCGUCCGAUACAAAUUUGUCGCGCCCGCGCUCGUCCUCCGUCACUGCCCCGCAGCGCACCGACGAGCGCUCGGAGGCGGAGAAGAUGACAAAGCGCGAGCGCAACGAUUCCGGCUUCAGCCGCCUCAUCGCGUACGACACCGCCGAGGGGUACCGCCUCAAGCUGUUACAGGCAUUUUUGAAACGCGAGCACGGGGUUGGCGUCGUCCGCGUCUUCGAUGACUGCGUGUAUGCGGUGUACAACCUCCCGCUGUUGCCGGGGUAUGGUGCGACGAACCGCGUGCGAUCGUCGCCCGCCGUCAAGUCGCCGGGCGGAGUGAGCAUGUUGGAGCGCAUGACGCAGGCCGAGGAACAGGGGUAUGAUGACGAGUACUUUCCCGUCGAGGCGGACGAGCCGGUGACGGGCGCCGACCCGAGCGAGUACAUUCUCUCCCGCUCGCCGCCGUCGCCGGUCGCCACGCACAGCAUCAGCUUGGACGGAAUUGCGGUGGAGCGCGGCGAGCCCAUCAGUCUCCCCGAACCCGUGCGCUCCCCGCCCAAAGACGAGCCUCCCGUGGCGACCACAGCAAACUCGUUCGGGGACGCGUUCGCAGACGAGCACCCGCCCGUUGAGGUGCCACAGAUCCGCCCGCCGCCGCGCAUGCGCCGCAGAUCCACAGGGUACAAGCACCCAGUCGCGGAAGCUGUGUUCUUCAACUAUGGCGUGAGCGUUUUUUUCGGCUUUGCGCCCGGCGAGGAGACGAGUAUCAUGGAGGACAUACGGAAUGCGGGCGUAUGGCAGGUACCCUCUGCGGAAGAUGACUGGGAGAUCGAAGAGUUCCAUUACGAGUACGACCCUGAUGCGGAGAGUCCGCGCAUCUACAACGACAUGUUUACGUUCAAGAGCCGUUCGCACCUGUUCAAGCUGUCGCUCGCGCACGCGAUUGCGCAGAGCACAAAGCUGAGCGUGUACGAGGCCAAGCUGCAGAACUCGCUUGAGAUGACCUCGCUCUUCCCCAAGGAGCUCGCGACGACAGGCCACCUCAAUCUCGACCGCAAGGAGGCGCUGCAGAUGACGGGCAGGCUGUUCAAGUUGCGCAUGGACGUUAAUCUCAUCGGCGGCGUGCUGGACACGCCCGACAUUUUCUGGUCCGAUGCUUCGCUGUAUCCCCUGUACGAGGCUAUCAACCAGUACCUCGAGAUUGAGCCGCGAGUGCAGGUGCUCAAUGACCGCCUCGCGGUUGUGGGCGAUCUGCUCGACAUCAUCCACGACUACAUUGACCAGCGCGCCAACCACCGCAUCACAUGGAUCAUCAUUCUCCUUAUUGCCGUGGCUAUUGUUGUGGGCGUCGGCGAGGUCAUAGCCCGCCUCGUGUUCCACUCGAUCGCCAAGGAGCGACGCGACGACAUGCUCGUCGUCGGCGCCACGCGGUACCUCUUGGGUAUAAGCGAAGGUAGACGGGGGUAGAGUGAAGGAGAUUGACACGGGAUAUAUAACACGACUGGCUGCCGUGGAGGCAGCCACGUAGCCAUAGCCAUGACCAUGUUGUAAUGUGACAACUGAAGAAGAAA